AUGGGUGGAGAAAGCUUGAAGAGAAGAAAAGGAGAGGACAAAGGAAGAGAGGACAGAGAAUCCAUUGAGAAUCAUGAGCCCCAAACGAUGAACCUACAGAAGCAGGUGGGCCUCAUUAGUGGAAUCUGUAUGAUUGUUGGUACCAUUAUUGGCUCAGGUAUCUUCGUUUCUCCAAAAUCCGUUCUUGCCAAUGUGGAAGCUGUGGGUCCUUGUUUAACCAUCUGGGCAGCCUGUGGAAUUCUGGCAACAUUAGGUGCACUUUGUUUUGCUGAGCUUGGUACAAUGAUCACAAAGUCUGGGGGAGAAUACCCUUACCUCAUGGAGGCAUUUGGGCCAAUUCCAGCCUUUCUGUUUUCUUGGACAAGCUUGCUGGUCACAAAACCCAGCUCCUUUGCAAUCAUCUGCCUCAGCUUUGCAGAAUAUGCAUCAGCUCCCUUUUAUCCAGGCUGUGAUCCACCCCAGGCUGUCAUCAAGUGUCUGGCAGCAGCUGCUAUUGUGGUAAUUACAAUUGUGAAUUCAUUGAGUGUGAAGCUGGGAAGUUACCUCCAGAAUUUUCUCACAGCUGCUAAAAUGAUCAUUGUCACAAUCAUUAUUGUAAGUGGAAUUGUUCUCCUUGCACAAGGAAAAACAGAUAACUUUAAAGAUUCUUUCAAGGGCAGUAAAAUUUCUGUUAGCUCUAUCAGUCUGGCAUUUUAUAAUGGACUCUGGGCAUAUGAUGGAUGGAAUCAACUCAAUUACAUCACAGAGGAACUUAAAAAUCCUUACAGAAAUCUGCCACUGUCUAUAAUUAUUGGAAUCCCCCUGGUCACAGUUUGUUACGUUCUGAUAAAUGUUUCCUAUUUCACUGUGAUGACUUCAACAGAGCUCCUGCAGUCCCAGGCUGUUGCUGUGACAUUUGGAGAUAGAGUCCUUUAUCCAGCCUCGUGGAUAGUUCCUCUCUUUGUGGUAUUUUCCACCCUUGGAUCUGCCAAUGGCACCUGUUUCACUGCAGGCAGACUUGUGUACGUGGCAGGUCGAGAGGGGCACGUGCUGAAGAUUCUGUCUUACAUCAGUGUCAAGCACUUAACACCAGCACCUGCCAUCAUAUUUUAUGGGGCCAUUGCUAUUAUUUAUAUUAUUCCUGGUGACAUUGAUUCCCUCAUCAAUUACUUUAGUUUUGCAGUCUGGAUAUUUUAUGGUUUAACUGUACUUGCACUGAUUGUUAUGAGGUUUACAAGGAAGGAACUCAAGAGACCGAUCAGGGUACCCAUCAUCAUUCCUGUCAUAGUGACACUGGUGUCAGUUGUGCUGGUAUUGGCACCCAUCAUCAGUGCACCUGAACUGCCCUAUUUGUACUGUACUUUAUUUAUACUUAGUGGACUUAUAGUUUAUGCACUUUUUGUUCAUUUAAAAUUCAGCUGGGCACAAAAAAUAUCAAAGCCCAUGACUAUGCACCUGCAGAUGCUUUUGGAAGUUGUUCCAGAAGAGGAUGUUACUGAAUGA